AGCCGCGCCGGGGCGGGGAGCGCGAGGCUGGCGCGGGAAGGCGUUUGCGGGCCGGGCGGCCCCUCCCCCGGUCUGUUUGUGGCCUGGCGGCACCCGGGCCCCUCCCCCGCCGUGCAGAGCAGUGACCGCAGCAGCGGCGUCGCGGGCGGGCGGGCGGGAACUCAGGCCGCGCCUCGGAGGUGGACAGGGACCGUUAACGCCCCUCAGAGCUGCGGUGUCCGGCUCUCUGCCAACCGCGGCAGGCCUCGUCCACACGCACUCAAGCGACACCGCUUUAAUUCUGCCAGUGCCGUUACCGGGAUACGGCGCCCUUCGGGCGGCUGCCCUGGCAGCGGCGGCGUGCAGGGCCUGAGGCCGGUGUGCUGUGCUCCCGUAUGUGGAGGGGAAUACACUGUCCGAGCAUUAGGUACUUUUAUAACAGUGAGGCGACAGCCACAUUAGGGGUUUCACCCGUUUAACUAUUUCAGUAAAGAAAAAAUGCCGCCCGCCGCCCCCAAUCUACAUCAUUAAAAUGGUACGAAAUCUGUGUGUGUAGACCAGGCCUGAGGCAGCUGUUGCUGCAUCAGUUUACGCUCCGUUCACGUUUGACAGAAUUAAAAAAAAAAAAAAAAAAAAAAAAGCAGACACUCUGCAGAGUAAAGAUGGCGUCUUGGGAGAGGGUUGGCUCAGUUCAAGCCCUGUGUAUCUGGAUAUCAGGAUAGUUAGCUUCCAGGAAAUCACUGUCCUGAAGAGUCCAGAAGGUUUUCCUGCAUUCCCUGCUCUUCUCUGAGGCCAGCUUGGUCCUUCGUCAUGCAGAGGACAGGAAGGGAGUGACAUUAGCACCUGCUGUGGCAAUGGAAGAGUUCCGAAAGGCCUAUGUUCAGUUAUGUAAGGAGAGUGGUGCUCAGCCACAGGAGACAGUCCUACAGCAGCUACAUGAGCUCCGGGAGGGGCCAGGACAAAGCCGCUUGGAUUUUGCCACCCAGAGUCUUUCUGUGGACACAUGCAGAGUUCUAGGGAAGCUUUUACAGGACGAGAUCCUGUUUACGGAGAUCAUGCUGAGUGACUGCAUGCUGAAUGAAGAAGAAAGGGGACUCACCACGGAGAAUACUCUGCCUCAACCACUUAACAGUCUAAAACUGGGUUUCUGCCACUGCGUUGUCCCUGUAGAGCACAGCAUGAUCAGAGAUCUUCAGGAGCGCACGUUAGUAAGAGGGGUCAGACAUCUGCUGAAUGGACUUUGCUCCAACACCGUAGUAAAAUCUUUGGACUUGAAGGGGAAUAACCUGCGAGCUCCGGGUGCUGAGGCUUUGGGGAAACUCCUGAGGCAGAACAAAUCCAUCAGAAGCCUCACCUUGGAGUGGAACAGCCUGGGAAUGUGGGAGGAGGGCUUUUCCCUCUUCUGCCAGGGACUAGGAGCCAACCGCUUCCUCCAGUGGCUGGAUCUGCGCAAUAACCAGAUUAACCACCAGGGGGCAGGAGAGCUGGCCUUGGCCCUGAAAUGCAAUUCCAGCCUACGGGAGCUGGAUUUGCGUUGGAAUAACAUUGGGCUCCUGGGGGGCCGAGCAUUACUGAGCUGUCUGCACAGCAACAAGACCUUGAGGAGGCUGGAGCUGGCUGGGAACAACGUCCCCAGUGACAUCCUAAAGGCUGUGGAACAAGCCAUGGAUCAUAACCAGGAUCGCCAGACCAUUCUCGCUGAGAACCACAGCCGGACACGCGUGCUCAGUAAGGAGGUGUUUAGUCUGAAGGAGGAGAAGGCUAAGCAGUUCCUGGAUUUGAUGGACACUAUUGAUAAACAGAGAGAAGAAAUAACUAGGAGCAGCAGGACAUCAGCAGCACGAGUUGGCCAGUUACAGGAAGCCCUGAAUGAGCGGCAGUCUGUCAUGAAUUCACUAAAAGCCAAGCUGCAGAUGACUGAAGCUGCAUUAGCUCUGUCUGAGCAGAAAGUGCACAACCUGGGAGAGCUUCUGAGUGCCACAAAGCAGGAGCAAGCCAGCAUGACCGAGUGCCAAUUGAAGGAGCUCCGGCAGCAAAAACAGGAAGCUUCUGAUCGGGAAACAAACCUUCUCCAGCACCUAUCUGCUGCCAAUGAGAAAAACCUGCUUUUAAGAAACCAGGUGGAUGAGCUAGAGAGAAGGUGCAAAGCCCAGCAGGACCAGCUGUUCCAGGUGAAGCAAGAUUUGACAAACACAACAGCAGAGCUGAAACUGCGAGUCGCGCAGGCAGAGGAACGCCUUGAAAUGGAGAAGAAGAGAUUUAAACAGGGCCUGGAAGAUAUGGAAUCCCUUCGACUGAAAGAGGUGGAUCACAUGACACAUCACAUGGAGGCAAGUGAGCAUUCCAUGCAGGAGAGAAUCCAGAGGCUGGAAGCCACCCGGAUUGGGCUGGAAGAGGAGCUGAGCCGAGUCAAAGCAGCGGCAUUUGCUGAGCGAGGUCAGGCAGAGGAGGAGUUAAUCAAAGUCCGGGGCCAGGCCAGGCUGGAAGAGCAACAGCGCCUGGAUCACUUGGAAGAGAAGCUACGGCUGAUGACACAGUCACGUGAUGAAGCUCAGAACUACUGCCUUCGGCAGAAGCAGGCAGUGGGAGAGGCACAGGCCAAGGUCAGCCAGGUGACCCUGCAAACCGAAGGGCUCAAGAGGCGCAUGGAGGAACUACAACAGGACCUGAGUGGCAAGGAGCAGGAGAAGGUGGCUGAGGUGAACAAAGUGAGAGUUGAGCUGCAGGAGCAGAUUGGACACCUGCAGGCUGAAAGGACAGCACAGGAAGGGCUGAAAGAGAAGAUUGCUGCCCUGGAGAGGCAAUUGAAAGUGUUAUCAAGUAACCACCGAGAGGCCCUGCUGGAUAAAGAGAGUGAAAUCUCUACUCUCCAGGAGAAGCUGAGGAUGAAAGAGGCUGAGAUCUCCAGGAUGAGGGAAGAGGAGGCCCAACGAGCUAGUUUCCUGCAAAACGCCAUCAUGGCCUAUGUGCAGGGCUCUGCCCUUGGAGCCCUCAGCCCUAGGAAAUGAGCAUGUCCGAAGGAAUCCCAGGUGCCUGCUGUCAGGAAUAGGGGGGCGUGAUCUGUGUGCAGCUCCUUCUUCCGGAGCAGGCCUGGUUUCUUAGGAGAGUGGUAUUACUCCUCUCGGAAGCACAAGGGGGUCACAGACACAGAAUCCCUCAGGCCAUUCAGAAAUUCUGCUGCUGACAGCAAUGAGGUCUGAAGAAAGCAACUAGCCAAGGGUGGGGUUAGGGAUAGCCAGGACUGAGUUCUCCCACUUCACCGUGUUAGACUCUGUCCACAGUAGAACCUGUAACAGCCUUUGAAAACAGUUUUUAUGUCCUGUCACACAACAUAAGUGUAUCUGUAUCUGCCCCACACACUGAUACUAACCAUGUUGUAGGAGCCUGGGAGAGAGGUGUCCGCCUGCAGCACUAAUUUGGAUGCUAUGGCUGUUCACAAAGAAAGUCUUGUCAACACUGGACAGGGGAACUGUCAAAAACAGAUCCCAUGCUUGGGAGCCAUCUGUGUCACUCUAGGCAAAGUACAGUGAGCACAGAUACUACGGUAAUGGGUGACACAGACAUACUUGUAAUAAAUAAAAUCAGCUAUGCUGGCAGGUGACUGCAGAACCAGGCUGGAUAAUGAAUUGUUAGCUAUGGCUGAAGCCCCUACAGUCCUAGUUGAUACUGAAAAGUAGGGAAGAUCCUGUCCUUGCUCAGUAUAAACCACUGUCCUAAACUGGGGCCUCUUUAACAAGACCGUGGCAGAGAACAGCAUUUAGUUCCACAUGGUGGGGGGGAGUCACAGUGGAUCCUACUAAAGUGACAAGCUGCAAAGAAUGAACUCCUGGCUCCAGAAGGUCCCUGAGCUGUGCAGUGCCUAUUUCCUUGGCUUUGAACUGGUGAAGAGGGUGUGAGUUGUUCUUUCCAUUGCUAUAGUAUUUCAGAAAAUAAUGUGUAGGAGAUGGUGAAUGAUUUUAUAUUAAUUUUAAUGCACAUUUUUAAAACGAAGAUGAAAGUGAAGUAUGUGUCCUUCUCUCUGGGUCUAGGGGUUGAUUUGUUUUCAUGCUUUGUUUUGCAGGGUUUAUUUUAAAAUAAAGAGCUUUUGCAUUUUGUUAUAA